AGCAGAGUUAGGGUUCAUCUCGCACACACAGACACACAGUGGGCUAGGGUGGACAAAAAAAAAAAACAGAGAAAAGAUGGGAGAGGAAGGAGAAGCAGAUGAUUACAUGGGAGACAUUUCUCGCUUCGUACAGCCUCAACCACAAACAAAAUCAUCUCAUAGUCAUCAUAUCCCUCGUAAAUCUUCCUCUCAAACAUCGGUUUCUCAUAGUAGAAGUGGUUUUUCUGCGAAUAAAAAGGCCAAGACUUUGAACUGGCAAGAGCAGAGGAAGGUCAAAAGAGAGCAGAAACAAAUCGAAGAAGACCAGAAAACAAUAGAAAAUACAGAUAAAGCAAUUCCACAAUCCAACAUUGGAUUCAAGUUGUUGAAACAAAUGGGAUAUACUCCUGGUUCAGCUUUAGGGAAGGAGGGGUCUGGAAGGGCUGAGCCUGUCAGGUUAGAGAUUAGAAGGGGCCGGGCGGGGAUCGGGAAAGAGGAUCCCAUGAUCGAGAAAGCUCGGAGAGAGAAAGAAAAGUUUGAGAGGGAAAAGAUAAAUCAAGAGGAAAUGAUGGCAGAUUUUGGUAACCGCCAAAAAGAGCGGUGGAAGGAAAGAAGGAUUGUGAUAAAUUUUAGGAAAGCAGAAGCAGCACUUGCCCAGUUGGAGAAUAGGGAAGUUGUUGAGGAGAAAGAAGACAAGAGUGAUGAAGAGAAGGAGGAAGAAGAAGAGGAAGAGGAAAUUACGGAGGAGGACUUGCGUGCCCUACUGAUGAAGCUGAGAGAUGAACACCUCUAUUGUCUGUUUUGUGGUUGUCAGUAUGAGUCAAAGGACACACUCUUAUCCAGUUGCCCUGGUAUAGAUGAAGAUGACCACUAAUGGCGAAUUGCAAUAUCCAGUUGCAGUCCGAAAUUUGGCAUGACAACUUGAGAACAGCUUCUGAGCCCACAGAGUUCAAUGAAGUUGUCUUUGGUUCCCAAGUUUGCAGACAGAUUUUCUGAAGACAUAAAGUUCCCAUUUUGAGUGAUAUUCUGAAGAUAAAACUUACAUUAAAAUGUCAAGAUGCUGCAUGACGUCUAGAGCUGGCCUGGUUAAGGAUUAUGGGAAAGUUAUUCUGCUACUAUAUAGAUUGGGCAAACUUUUUUAAGCAAAAAACUGCGAUGUACAUAUUUGUUUCGUGAUAUAUGUGGAUUAUAAUUUCCACAGUGCUGUCAAAUUUUUGAAGAUGAUAUAAAUGACAAUUGCACAUUCAUAGCAUCAUUUUCUC